GCCCAACCGGAAAGAGCCGAAUAUAUAUAAACCCAAACGGCCGCGAACAACCAUCACAAAACUCUCUCUCUGUCUCUGGAAGUCGACGAUUACUGCAGCUGUGAAAAUGCUGCAGAGCAAAUCAUUCGUACGGAAAACAAAGCAGGGGAAAGUAAUCAAGGUCGUUAGGGAACACUAUCUCCGUGACGAUAUCUACUGCGGAGCCACGUUUUGUAAAACCUGCGAUGUUUCUUCCGCUCGCUUGAGCUCCUCCCGUAUCCUCGUUGUCGACACUAAUGUUGUUCUUCACCAGAUUGAUUUGCUGGAGAAUCCUGCGAUUGAUAAUGUGGUGGUGUUAUCGGUGGUGUUGGAGGAGGUGAAGAACAAGAAUAUUUCUGUUUAUAAUAGACUUAGAGCUCUAUGUAGCAAUUCUCUCAGGAAGUUCUUUGUUUUUUCCAAUGAGUACCAUAAGGAUACAUAUGUGAAGGCCAUGCCUGGUGAAAGUCCAAAUGAUCGUAAUGACAGAGCCAUCAGGGUUGCAACUCAAUGGUAUCAGAAUCACCUUGGAGGUACAGCACAAGUGUUGCUAAUCACCAAUGAUCGAGAAAACAAGAGAAAGGCUUCUGAAGAAGGCAUUCCGGCAGAAACUGUUGAAUCAUAUGUUAGAUCACUUGGUCAGCCGGAAUUGCUUGACUUGAUUGUUCAGCCUCCUGAAGAAGAUGUUAAUAUGGAUGAUGUUGAGGACUUGAGGCCUUCAAAGAGGAAGGUCAUCUACAGUGAGCAUAAACCAAUGUCAGAGAUUACUUCUGGCUUGCAUCGUGGAAUAUACCACCAAGGAAAACUCCGUGUUAACCGCUAUAAUCCAUUUGAAGCAUAUGUUGGGAGUGAAAGUAUUGGUGAUGAGAUAAUAAUCUAUGGGCGUGCAAAUAUGAAUAGGGCUUUUGAUGGUGAUGUAGUGGCAGUUGAAAUUUUGCCUCGAGAACAAUGGCAUGAGGAGAAAUCUCUUGCAAUAGCUGAUAAUGAAGAUGAAGAAGAAGAAGAAGAUAUACAUCUAGUUCCGAACAGUGCCGAUGAUGCCCCGAGUGUCACAAAUCUAGGGCAAAGUUCAGCUAGUGAAGCGGGUCAUCUGCCUUCACGUCCAUCUGGACGUGUUGUUGGCAUUAUAAAGCGGAAUUGGCACUCUUACUGUGGGUCUUUGGAGCCAAUGCCUUUGCCAGCAGGUUCUGCUGGUGUUGCCCAUGCAUUAUUUGUCUCUAAAGACCGCAGAAUACCAAAGAUACGGAUACAAACUCGACAGCUGGGAAAUCUGCUGGACAAGCGGAUAAUUGUUGCUGUUGAUUCAUGGGAUGUUUUAUCAAGAUACCCCUCUGGUCAUUAUGUUAGGACAAUUGGAGGAAUAGGUGACAGAGACACAGAAAGUGAGGUGGUUUUAAUUGAGAAUGAUAUAGAUGCCAGACCUUUUUCGGCUCAAGUUUUAUCCUGCUUGCCACCAUUACCUUGGUCUGUGUCCCCUGAAGAUUUAGCAAGUCCUGUUAGGCAGGAUUUGCGUCAUAUUCGUGUUUUUAGUGUGGAUCCUCCAGGAUGCAAGGACAUUGAUGAUGCAUUGCACUGUACUGCUCUUCCUAGUGGGAAUUUUGAAGUUGGAGUUCAUAUUGCUGAUGUCACAAAUUUUGUUCAUCCUGGGACUCCCCUUGAUGAUGAGGCCUCACAAAGGGGCACUUCUGUCUACCUUGUUGAGCGUCGCAUUGACAUGCUUCCAAAACCUCUAACAGAAGAUGUUUGUUCACUCCGUGCUGAUGUUGAAAGACUAGCCUUUUCAGUUAUUUGGGAAAUGACACCUGGAGCUGAGAUUAUCUCAACAAGAUACACAAAAAGUGUGAUCAAAUCAUGUGCUGCAUUAUCUUAUGUUGAGGCUCAAGCAAGGAUGGAUGACAGUCGCUUGGUUGAUCCAUUAACAACAGAUUUGCGGAAUAUGAAUGCAUUGGCAAAGAUAAUGAGGCAAAGACGUAUUGAUAGGGGGGCAUUGACACUUGCUUCUGCUGAAGUUAAAUUUCAAAUUGACACUGAAACUCAUGACCCUCUUGAUAUUGGGAUGUAUCAAAUUCGUGAAGCUAACCAAAUGGUUGAAGAGUUUAUGCUUGCUGCCAAUAUUUCAGUUGCUGAAAAGAUCCUGAACCAUUAUCCUAUUUGCUCACUAUUAAGACGUCAUCCCAGCCCAACCAAAGAAAUGCUUGAACCUCUGCUUCGAGUGGCUGCAGCUGUUGGAAUUGUUUUGGAUACAACAUCGUCAAAAGCAUUAGCUGAUUCUCUUGAUCGUGCUGUGGGUGAUGAUCCAUACUUUAAUAAGCUGAUCCGUAUUUUAACGACCAGAUGCAUGACACAGGCAGUUUAUUUUUGCAGUGGAGAACUUAGUCCACCGGAAUUUUGUCAUUAUGGUCUUGCAGCCCCACUGUAUACACAUUUCACCUCACCAAUAAGAAGAUAUGCAGAUGUCAUUGUCCACCGACUGCUUGCUGCAUCCAUGGGGAUUUACAAACUUCCUGAUGUUUUUGGUGACAAGGCCCAGCUAACCAGUAUUUCUGAUAAUUUGAAUUAUCGGCACAGGAAUGCCCAAAUGGCUAGCAGGGCAUCAGUAGAGCUCCAUACUGUUAUUUUCUUCAGAAAGAACCCCACAGAUACAGAAGCUAGAAUUUUGAAAAUAAGGGCCAAUGGCUUCAUCGUUUUUGUGCCCAAGUAUGGUAUUGAAGGACCUGUAUACUUGACAUCUAAACGGGAGAAGUCAGGAGAAUGGUUGGUUGAUGAGCAGGAACAGAGGAUCAAGAAGUUGGAUGGCAGUGUUACCUACGGCAUUCUUCAAUCUGUGAGAAUUCAUUUGGAAGUGGUAGAACCUCAGCCUAACCGCCCAGUCCUCCAAAUGACCCUCAUCUAAGGGUUCAAACAAAAUUGGGAACACAGACAACCCUUCUGCUUUUCUACCGUCGGUGAUGUUCAAUAUAGUUUGCAUAUAGGCUGUGGUGUUGUUGUAUUGUGUACAACAAGAUUGAUUAGAGAUUAAAAAAAAACAUUACAAGUUAAUGCCAACCCCUUUUUCUUUUGUUUUACUUGCACCUCGUUCCCUAGUCAGCCAACAAGAUCGGUUCAUGGGCGACCAGCCUGUAACCGUCUCCAUAUAUUGUAUUUAUAUUAAAACAAAAUUUUCUCUAAAAAAAUGCUGUAUUUGUUAUUUUCUAUUGUAAGAAAAA